GAUCACAUGACUGACUUUUUUGGGAGAGUAGAAAUUUUUCAUUUAACGAAACAGAAGUGAAAGAAACCGUUAACAGGACGACUCAGACUUCAAUCAAAUAACAAGAACUAAUAUACAUAUAUACAUACCAUGAAGGCAUCUUUGUCACUCUUGAAGAGAUCGGUAUGGAAAGGUCCACAUGUUGUUCCUUUACCUAUAGCGGAUGCCAUUAAAAAUAAGACUCCUAUCAGAACCAAUGCUAGAAGUUGUACUAUAUUACCACAAUUUGUUGGAAUAAGAUUUCAAAUUCAUAAUGGUAAAGAAUAUGUCGAAGUUGAAAUAACGGAUGAUAUGGUGGGAUCUAAGUUAGGUGAAUACGCUGCCACCAGAAGAAGAUUCAUGUAUAAAUAUUCUAAGAAUUAAGAUAUGUCUACCACGAUCAUAAUAAUAAUCAUGCAACUACUAUAUUCAUAGACGUAAUAAAGAUUCAACCCCUACUUAUCAUAACUUGUACAUAAUACUCCUCCAUUUAAUAAAUAAAUAUUU